AUGUGCAGUACACAUAUUCAAGACAUAAGUGAGAUUAUUUUGUGUGUCAAACAAUUAGAGGCUAGAGUAGUUAUGUUUUCAAAGAUUGUUCAUAUGUUACAGUUGCCACAAUGGAAACUCAUUCUUGAUUGCAAAACGAGGUGGAAUUCUACUUAUGAGAUUUUGACACUUGCAAUUCAGUACAAAGAGGUGUUUCUAAUGUUAUUUCAAUUGAAUCAUAACUUUACUUGUUCCCCAAUAGAUGAAGAUUGGGAAAAACUUGAGAAAGUGUGUGAGAUUUUGGAGGCCUUCAACUUUACAACUAAUAUCAUAUUGAGGAGUGAGUACCCCGCUCCUAACUUAUUUUUGCAAGAAGUUUGUGACGUAAAAGAGUUGCUCGAUGAAAAGAUAGCUGAUGAUGAUGAUUUCAUUCGAGAAAUGGAAUAUGCGGCGGAAAGUCAAUCUACUAGUAGUGAACCACCUGUAGAAAUCAGUAAGGUUCAGCGGGUGAAUGUACAAUGCCCUAAACGUAGUAGGUCAUGGUUCAAUCAGUUUGUGAGGACAGUUCAAACGGUGCAACAUGAGAAAUCUGAGUUAGAUUGUUAUCUGGAAGAGGGGUGUUUGUUAUGGGACAAGGAUGAUACCUCGUUUGAUGCAUUAGACUGGUGGAAGGUUAAUCAUAUGAACUAUCGUAUUUUAUCUAUGAUGGCUAGUGAAAUACUUGCCAUUCCAAUCACCAUGAUUGCUUCGGAGAUAACUUUCAGUGCUGGAAGUCGAAUUAUUAACACUUAUCGAUCAUUGUUGUCUCUUGAAACUAUGCAAGUGCUACUCUGUGGGGUUGAUUGGUGUUGCAAUCUCUAUGGAGUCAAGAAAAGUUACGAAGCAUCUUUGAAGACAGAACGUGAAAAGAAGAGGAAGAUGUACUUCCCAAUGAGGAACUCUUGGGGAGUUUACUGUUAUCAGUAUGAUUCCAUGCCUCUACCUCUGAGUUCUGAGCAGGUUAGCAAGAAAGGCUUCUCUGAGAUUGGGGCCAUGGAACAUGUCAUUCUCUGUGUGCGAUAA